AUGGCGGAGGCGAUGAUGAAGAGCAAGGCAGCGGCUUUAACCGUCGCCGAGAGAUGCAGAAGCAUUUUGGGUGCAAAUUCCCAAGCUCACCUCAACACCAUCAAAGUCGACUCCAAAGGCAGCAAGAGUGAGAUUCACACUUCGAAGGUGCACUAUAUUUUCAAGAGGGGAAAGCCUUACCUCUGGGUUCAUGAAGGAGACUUGCAUAAUACCAACAUAAUCAUUGAUGAGCGAGGUUCUCUUUCUGUCAGCAAUGUCGUUCCAGGUCCACUUACGAGUUUGCUCAAAUCUAUAAGAAAGCUGCCAGCUUGUGCUGCUUUAGCGGGUGACGUUAUACCUCUUAAAAAAUAA